CCCCCGCGCCCGCUCCGGCGCGCUCCGGGCAGGUAGAGCCGGGCUCCGGGCGCGCGCGGGGGCCGCAGCAGCUGCUACCCCACCUCGCCUCGGCCCUGCGCAGAGCCUCGCGCGCCCAUGGCUGGCUCGGAGCAGCAGCGGCCGCGGCGGCGGGACGACGGAGACUCGGCGGCGGCGCCCCUGCAGGACGCGGAGCUGGCCCUAGCCGGCAUCAACAUGCUGCUCAACAACGGCUUUAGGGAGUCGGACCAGCUUUUCAAACAAUACAGAAAUCGUAGCCCAUUAAUGAGUUUUGGAGCCAGCUUUGUCAGUUUCUUGAAUGCCAUGAUGACAUUUGAGGAAGAAAAAAUGCAGUUGGCAUGUGAUGACUUAAAAACCACAGAAAAGCUGUGUGAAAGUGAAGAGAUUGGAGUAAUUGAAACAAUCAAGAAUAAAAUUAAGAAGAAUGUUGAUGUCCGAAAAUCCACCCCUUCUAUGGUUGAUCGGCUUCAGAGGCAGAUAAUCAUAGCUGACUGUCAAGUUUACUUGGCUGUGCUCUCAUUUGUAAAGCAAGAAUUGUCAGCAUAUAUAAAAGGUGGGUGGAUCCUUAGGAAAGCCUGGAAGAUUUACAAUAAAUGCUAUUUGGACAUCAAUGCCCUCCAGGAGCUGUAUCAGAAGAAGCUAACGGAAGAGCCCUUGACUUCUGACGCUGCAAAUGAUAAUCACAUUGUGGCUGAAGGGGUGUCUGAGGAGUCUCUAAACAGACUGAAAGGUGCUGUGAGCUUUGGAUAUGGCCUUUUUCACCUUUGCAUAUCCAUGGUGCCCCCAAACCUGCUCAAAAUCAUCAACCUGCUGGGUUUUCCUGGAGACCGCCUACAGGGGCUUUCUUCACUGAUGUAUGCAAGCGAAAGUAAGGACAUGAAGGCCCCUUUAGCUACAUUAGCGCUGCUCUGGUAUCAUACUGUGGUCCGCCCGUUUUUUGCCCUGGACGGCAGUGAUAACAAAGCAGGCCUGGAUGAAGCGAAGGAAAUUCUUCUCAAAAAAGAAGCUGCUUAUCCAAAUUCUUCCCUCUUUAUGUUUUUCAAGGGACGCAUACAACGAUUAGAGUGUCAAAUCAACAGUGCCUUGACUUCCUUCCAUACUGCUCUGGAACUUGCAGUAGACCAGAGAGAAAUCCAACAUGUGUGUCUGUAUGAAAUUGGUUGGUGCAGCAUGAUAGAGCUGAAUUUCAAGGAUGCAUUUUACUCCUUUGAGAGGCUAAAAAACGAGUCCCGGUGGUCCCAGUGCUAUUACGCCUAUUUAACCGCAGUUUGUCAGGGAGCCACCGGUGAUGUGGACGGGGCACAGAUUGUCUUUAAAGAAGUUCAGAAACUCUUCAAAAGGAAAAACAAUCAGAUUGAACAGUUCUCAGUGAAAAAGGCAGAGAGAUUUCGGAAACAAACCCCAACCAAAGCGCUGUGCGUGCUGGCGUCCAUUGAAGUGUUGUACUUGUGGAAAGCCCUCCCCAACUGCUCCCUCCCCAACCUACAGAGGAUGAGUCAAGCUUGCCAUGAAGUGGAUGAUUCAUCUGUCGUUGGAUUAAAGUAUUUGUUUCUUGGUGCCAUACACAAAUGUCUAGGGAACUCAGAAGAUGCUGUCCAGUUCUUUCAGCGAGCUGUUAAAGAUGAGUUGUGUCGUCAGAAUAACUUAUAUGUUCAGCCAUAUGCUUGCUAUGAACUUGGCUGUCUUCUGUUAGACAAACCAGAGACUGUAGGAAGAGGCAGAAGUCUCCUUCUUCAAGCAAAGGAGAAUUUCUCUGGCUACGACUUUGAAAACAGAUUGCAUGUCCGCAUCCAUGCUGCUCUGGCUUCGAUGAGGGAAUUGGUUCCUCAGUGACAGACCCGAAGUUCCCGCUCUGUCCCUCCCCACACAGGUUCUGCACUUUAAAAAUAGAGGACACAGCUCUUAUGAAGAUCAGCUUUUCUUCUGAAAACCACCUGGGCCUGGGACACAUUUUCUCAGUUAGGUUGAUGUAUUAAAGAUCUCCUCUUUUAAACACAUAGCUAAAAAGUAAUAAUGAUGAUGAUAAUAGUAAUAAUAACUAACCACCCGGGGAGAGGGUUAAGUGACCUUGUUCAAACAUUUUAGUUUUGUGAUUUAUUAUUUUUAAAAUAAAAUUCAACUAAAUAUUCAACCUGCAAUCUUGUAGGAAUGCCUACUUGAAGCACACAUCUGACUGGGUAACACUAAGAGGUACCUGUAAAAUUAUUAACAGUAUCAUGACAUAGCACUUAUAUUGUGUUUUGAAAAAAUAAAAGUGCUUUCUAGUGUUUUACUUUAUCCUCAAACUAUUUCUGAGAAUGACAUAGCACAGAUGUCUCCAUUGUCCAGACAAUGAAACUCAGUCACAAAAAGGCUAAUUGACUUACUGCAAUUAAUUAUUCCUGUUACUAUGGAGUAAUGAAUAGAAUGCAAGUCUCCUGACCACAGACCGAAUAUUCUUUCAUUGUAAAAAAUAUAUAUAUGUUAAUAACCCAGGAUUCCAUGUUUUCUUAUUAAAAAACAAAUACUCUUCAGCUGAAGUUGUCAUCCUUAUCUCCAGAUUGUCUACAAAAAUGUUUCAAAGGACAGACACUUUUAUUCCUUUGACAGCCAAUCAAGUGAAAGCAAAGAAGAUAGUUUUACAACCUAAAGUAUAGCUAUUUUGCUAAGUUAUUAGAAGACCUAGUCUAUAGACUGGAUAAAUAAUACCUACAUUUUUGGUGUUUCCUUUUCUUUAUGAUAAAAUUGUCUAAUUACCAAUUUUUGGAAAUCUUUCAACAAAUUACUUGAAAAGGUUAUUCUUGAAUGAACAUAGAUUCUUUUGCCUCAGAAUAUUUGCUGAUGAAGGAUUCACUGGACUGUCUGUUGCCAGGAUUUAAUCAUUUUCCCCUUAGCUCAGGUUAUUGAUAUUGUAAACAGUUCAAAGUUAUUUUUUAAUCCUUCGUUGCUAAUUUUUAUUGUCACCUAAUUUACCUCUUUGUUCAGUACUGCACACCUGUGGUUUUGAAGACUCUAAAUACCUCAGACACUUAAGAAUUUCUGUCAUAAUUGUGUGACUAACCUGGCUCAAAUCUUAAGGUUAGAUAUUUUUUUAAAUUUACGUUGCAAUAAAGAAUAUCAUCUUGGGGUGUCA